ACAUCAUCCCUGACCACUAUUCAUGCGUACUUUGGAGCGUAUUUUUAUUGCAUUUUUAUUUCGCUUUUGCGAUGCUCGCGCGCUAAUACAAGAGACUAUGUGGCGCUGGCCACGAAUCCGGAGCAGCAGCUCACAGUUGCCAGCGGGACUGCGGGGGAGGCGGCCGGAAUGCCUUCCACGCCUCCAGAACAAACUGGAGGCAGAAUCCCGGUGGGAGGCGCGGCUUCUUCUUCAGACUUCCCCUUCUUACUUGCGCGCAAGUAGCAGCCGCAGAGAGCCACAGCGCGCUUCGUCUUUGCGCGAACGCCGCUUUCCUCCUACUGAGACCCACCUCCUGGUGGAAUCCGGGCUCCGACGCCAAAGGGCGCAGGAUUCAAGCUGCUGUAGUGCCGUGGAUGCUGAACCGCAGCUAAGUAAGAAGCAGCUAAGUAAGAGACGGGGAGAGUCGCCGGUGCGCCCCGGAGCGAUGGCGCAGGGCGGCGGGGACUGGAAGCGCUUGGAGACGCUCCUGCGAGACAGCCUCCGCGUCCUGCGCAGUAAGUGGGGGCAGCAGCAGCAGCAGCAGCCGGGGAGGCUCCCGGAGAGCGACGAUCGCGCUGGGGAAGAGGAGGAGGAGAAGCAGACAAUGACGACACCCAACGCCUUGGAGGCCCUGCCGAUAGAUGUGAAGUUAUACAUCAUGUCCUUCCUCACACCCAAAGAUCUGAGUAAUUUGGGAAGCACCAAUCGCUACUGGAGUCUAACAAUCCAGGAUCCCUUGCUAUGGCGUUAUUUUCUCAUCCACGAUCUUCCUUCCUGUCAUUCUGUUGAUUGGAAGUCAGUCCCUGAUGCAAACAUAUUUAAUAAAUCCGUUUUUGAGCUGCAUAAUAGUGCCUCAUGUGACUACAUGGCUGCGUACAAGAAGUGUUACUCCAGGCGUAAAAGAUGUCCAAAAGCCAGCCGGCCCUAUUACGGACCCGUCACUUCCUUUCUCCAGUCCCUGACCACGCAGGCAGAGCCUCGCUUUGCAAUGUUUGGGCCGGGCUUGGAAAACCUGGACGACUCUUUGGUGCACAGAAUGAUGGCGAGCCCACAUAUUUUGCCGCUGGCCGGUAGACCUUCUAGACAAAUGCACGGAAUAGGCUCAGGAGUCACAUUUCGUUUGAAUGGUCAGAAAUUCGUCAUUCUGAUAUUGUAUACAAAAACCAGCAAGGAAAGGCUCAGAGCGAAGGAAGAGGACACUGAUCCUGUCAACAAGAUGUUCUCUGCGGAGUCCAGUGUUGAUGGGAAAACGCAUUACAAUCUGACUGAGCACGUUAAAAACAUGUGCAGACAAAUCGAUGGGUUCAUCUACGCUGCAGAUGCCGAGGCAGAUAAAAGACAAAACCGUCAACUUGAAUUUGACUGGCUGGCAGCAAUGCUUGACCCAGCCCUUGGCCCUACAGAUAGGCCUCUGCUUGUCCUGUCCUGCGUUUCCUGUGCUGAGAUUGAGAGGAUUCCUUGUGUUUACAUGGCGCAUCAGCUGCAGCUGAACCUGCUUGGCCCGCAGCCAUGGAUGGUUCAGGAUACUGAAGUUUCCACGUUGGAUGGACUGGUAGAUGGAAUUCAGUGGCUACUGGAACAAACCGAAUGUAAAAAUGCCCAGUGAAUCAGGCAUGUUUACAAAUGCCAGUGUGGUUUAAAAGAAAAAGAAAACAAAUGUCUUAUUUACAAGCAAGACUUGAGGCGGGCACAAUUUCUCCCUAAUUUGGAAUGAGCUGAGAAGAGGUUUUUGUGCCUAACAUGGACCAACACUGCCCUUAAGCCUGUUGCUAUUUAAAAUGCCGACUGGAUAAUACAGAAAAGGGAGGGGUUAUACCUCAAGGGGGGGCACUGGCAUAGCGGAGGCGCUCCUCUUAUGCUAGUGCCCCUCCCCAUUGGCAGACUUAACCAAAAGUAAAUCUCCUCUGAGAGGUGCCAGGCUGCUGCCAUUUAAAUUUCCCACAUUGGCUGCAAUGUAACAUUGCUCCGGAGCAGCACCGGAGAUUUACGGUGGUAGGCACUCAGUCCUGAGCACCAGAUUUAUUUAUUUAAAAAGUAAGGGGGGGGGCAGGGACUGGCAGCUGCCCAAAGAUGCCACGUGGUGAUGCCAAACUUGCUGGAUUCUAGUUGUUUUAGGCUGUUUAUGGUGCAGGUUGGAAUGUCAAGGUUUUAAUCAGGUAAUUCUGGACCAUAAUGCACAUGUUUAGUGGAAUCUCUGCAACAGUACAAUAGAUGGGUAACUGGUGGAGACCUCUUGGAGUGGAGAAUAUGAAUGACCAUUUUAUCAAGUGCACAUAAGAGAAAAGUUUGCCAUGUGCCCCCACCCAAGUUUAUUGUUAAUGCCCAACAUGUUUCCGAAAAUGAUUUUCCUUCUUCAGUGGUCAAACCCAUACAAAAUCUUUCUUUCUUUCUUUCUUUUGCUCUCUCUCUCUCUCAUUGUAUGUCUCAGAAAACCACUUAAAACAUCACAACAAAGAAACUUGCUCUGGUCAAAUUCCCUGGGAACAACCAAUCAAACCUUACCUCUUGUUCUCUAACUCGCACAAAAACCAAACACAAUGACUUGAAAUGUAAUGCAAUGCCUUUCUGAACCCAGUUCUACUGGAAACUACAAAUAUUGCUUUCUCAGAAGGAAAAAGGUGAAAAGUGAAAGUGGACAAAUAAAAUGAUAUCACAGCACUUUCUGUUUACUCUUUUUGUUGGAACAUUGCAGGAAGAAAAAAAAUACUAUGGAGGUUUUUCCUUUGGCCAUAUGAGGUUGAAUGCCCUACUAAAUGUCCGCUUAUACAGAGGGGGUAUUUUGAAGGUCAUUGAGUUUGGCCGACUAUAGAAAAGGUUUUCUUUUUAGAAACACAUUCAGUCGCAUACGCAUUACUGCAUGCCCACUUGCGGCAAGGAGAAUUUCACCAUGUCUUUGGGUGGAUAAAGUUCUUCAUGUGUGUCUACUGUUUCUCACAGUGAUGCGUGUUUACUGUGAGAAUCUGCCAGUUGGUAAAUGAAAAACAGAACAAGGGAGGCGUGGCACCGGAUACAAUAAAACAAAGGAGAAAAACUCAAAAUACUCCUCCAAAAGUUAGCUGUAGUUAAUACAUACUGCCUCCAGCAGUGGAGGAAGAGCAUCGCCAUCAUGGCUAGCAGUGAUCAAUAGCCUUAUCCUCCAUGCAUUUGUCUAAACCAGGGUUUCCCAAACUUAGGUCUUCAGCUGUUUAUUUAGACUAUGUCAGGAGUUUGGGCAGGAGUCGGGCUUUGGGGCCUGUAGUGCUUUGCAGGACUGGGGCCUGCCUCAGCUUGUGCUGGAGAAGCAAGGAGUGGCCACCCAGGUGAGGCCACUUGAUACCUCACUGCACCUAGUGGCAGGAGCUGGGAGGGAUAAAAGCCCAGCAUUUCCCUUCAGCUCUUGGCCACAGCAACGCUAUCCCUGCCUGGUUGCAUCUGGC